AUGGAAAAGCCGAACUACCAGCUGUACCGAAACACGACGCUCGGACAGGCCCUGCAAAAAACGCUCGACGAUUUCGUCGGCGAGCAACUCAUUCCGGACAGUCUGUCGAAGAAAGUGAUGGACUCGUUCGACAAGUCCAUCAAUAAGACGCUGCCGCAAAGGGCCAAGAACAAGGUGCGACACACUUUAAACGAUUUUUACUAGUCUGCCGCUCUGAAAAAAUGGCCAAAUUGUCAUGAAUUUGUGCAUUUGCAGGUGACAUUCAAGGGCGAGAAGCUGGUGGCGUACCGGUAUUGCGACAACGUCUGGACGUUCAUCAUGCAGGAGGUGGACUUUCGGGACCAGCUGGACACGAACGGACCCGUCGGCCGGAUGAAGAUUGUCGCGUGCGACGGACAGUCGAACAAACUGCCCGGCGCCAAUUGA